AAUGGAGUCAUACAGCAGCAUCCUGAUUGUUAAUUGUUUGCAAGGGCUGCUGGAAGACCAUCACCUGCUGCCUCUUCGCUAAAUAGUCAGAGAUGUGCGCCAUUAGCACGACGGGCGGCUUUCUGUGUUUCUACAUUUUGCAUGAUCGUCGAUAUUUUUUUUUAUUUUAACUGACUUGAGAAAGAAACUAUGCCGCCUAGAAGGCAAACGUUCAUUCUCAACAAAGUGAAGGCCGCCAGCUACUCGCCAGUCCCCAAAAAUGUGGCGAGAAAGUCCGGUCUCGUGACUCUGCGGAGAAUAACGACGCAUCCGGGCACGACCAUCAUGAUGGUCGAGGCGCUCAAAGAGCUGGACUCCCGAAAGGGAGUUUCCAAACAAGCCAUUCAGAACUUCAUUAAGCGCAAGUACCCCACUGUGGACCAAAUCCGUCUCAAGUAUUUAGUCCGCACAGCCAUCAAGAAAGGCCUGGAGGAUGGCACCUUGGUUCGGCCUGCCAACUCUACCGUCACAACCGGCGUCAUUGGCAAAUUUCGGCUUGCAGCAAAGCGUAAAGAGCCCAAAGCAAAAUCGGAGAGCGUGGAGCCCAAAGCAAAAUCGGAGAGCAGGAAGCCCAAAGCAAAAUCACAAAGCGUGGAGCCCGAAGUUAAAUCCGAGAACGUGGAACCCAAUGUGACAAAAGCUCCGAAAGUGGCAAAGGAAACCUCGAAGAAGACUAAAGCUAGUGGCUCAAAGGAAGCUCCUGCAGUGGAAAAAGUAAAACCACCAAAGAAAGAGGCUAAAAAGAGUGCCAGUAAGUCUACAAAAAAUGAGGAGGCUCCCCCCUCCAAGUUGCUACCAGUUAAGAAGCCCAAAGCUAAAGUUGCCAAUGAGGACAGUGAGAAAACGAAAGCAACAGUGACGAAAAAAGCCAAGCCCAAGGAUGUUAAGGAACCUGCGGCUGCUGAGAAGAAAGCAAAACCCAAGGAAGCAAAAGCGCCAAAGGGUAAAGCUGCCAAGGAUUCUGACAAAGCGGCCCAAGAUUCUGACAAACCUGCUCCAAAAGCAGCUGCUAAACGAGCGAGGAAAAAGGAUGUGGCGUGA